AAAUCAGAUCGUGCAACUACUGAACAAGUUCUUGACCCUCGGACCAGAAUGAUAUGUUUAAAACUCCUCAGUCGAGGCUACAUAUCAGAGAUAAAUGGGUGUGUCAGUACAGGAAAGAAGCCAAAGUUGUAUCACGCAACAAGUCCUGAAGGAGAUUGUGCAAUAAAAGUCUAUAAAACAUCUAUUUUAGUUUUCAAGGACAGAGACAAAUAUGUGACCGGUGAAUUCCGUUUCAGACAUGGCUAUUCUCGCCAUAAUCCACGAAAGAUGGUUCGUCUCUGGGCAGAGAAAGAGAUGCGUAAUUUGUCGCGAUUGUACCAACACGGUAUACUUGUCCUCAAACCUAUCAUACUGCGUAGUCAUGUAUUGGUGAUGAAGUUUUUAGAACAAUGGUGGCCAUAUCCUAAAUUAAAAGACAUUGAUCUUAGUGAUAGUAAAGCACGUGAAAAAUAUCUAGAAUGUAUCUUGAUGAUGCGUAAGUUAUACCAUCAUUGCAGACUUGUGCAUGCUGAUUUGAGUGAGUACAACAUUCUUUAUGGUAACAAAACACCUUAUAUUAUCGAUGUAUCUCAAUCGGUUGAGCAUGAUCACCCAAAGCAAGCCUUAGAGUUCCUUCGUAAAGACUGUACUAAUAUCACGGUUUUCCGUAAGAAAUAUGUGCAUGUUAUGGAUGUUAGAGAAUUAUUUGAAUUAAUUACUGACCCCACUAUCACAGAAGAUAACUUGGAGGAAUAUUUAGAACGUGUUCAAGAAAAGGCCACUUCAAGAGAUUUUUCAUCUAAGUCAGUUGAAGAUGAAGUUUCGGAAGCUGAUUUCAGAACAUUUUUAUUCCACGAUCACUGGUGA